GGAUCCCGCUCCUCCAGGUGCGGCCGCUCCGUCUGCUCCGUCCACAUCAUGGAGCGCGAUCGGGGCCCGCGGGCCUCGGCGGUAGAUCUGGGCUUCGGGGCGCUCAGCACCGCGCAACUCCGCGCCCUCAUGCGGGACGAAACCUGGCUCGAGCGCAUCGUCAAGCUAAGCAGGAAGUUCCAGAACCUGCAGCUGGAGCGGGAGGUGCACCUGGCUUCCAACUAUAACCUUGCCAAGCAAAAUUUGGGCUUGCAGCCUCGGCUAGAAAACGGCAAAGCUUCGCUCGCCAUCAAAUACCAGGAGUUGCAGGAGCUACGGGAAACCUGUCAUGACAAACAGCAGCGCUUGGGUGCGUGUAUGGCAAAGUGGACUCCAGAGAAUGCCCUGAGCAGGCUACAGGCUGAACUGGAGAACGUAGAGGCCAAAGUAGAGGAACAGAUGGAGCAGUUCCUAUGUUGGGAUCUCCCCAUCGAAUCCUUUGUGGAGUCUUUCCAGCACAGCCGCAUGCUCUCCCAUCUUCGUCGCACCCAGCUGGAGAAGCUGCAAGAGAUCCUGAAGGUGGAGAAGGCAAAAACUCCUGAAAAGCCAAGCCCGAGCUAUGAAGAGGAACAGCCUGCAGUCUCCCCAGCACUUCCAACUCCUCCUCCACCUUCGGCUCAAGUAGCCCCAGCUCAGAAUAAUGGGCCACCUCCUAAGGUCUUCCAGCUCCGCUUGGCACCGGCAUUCUUGAUCCCAUCGGAGGCUGUGCUCCCCAUGACGGCAGCCCCUCAGAAGUGCUGCCUGCCCACUCUGGCCACUUCGCACUCCACCGCUAACUUUGUGAGCUCUCCCUUGAGUCUGAUUGGGCACAUCCACUUGCCCCAGACCCACCUGCCUCACCAGCAGAAGAAGAAAGAGCCCCCACAUCGGUAGCUGCAACAGCACCAACAGGACAUUUUGACCAGAGCCUCUGACACCAGCUACAAUGGGCCAGAGUCUGAGGUGUGAUGCCAGCCUGCCAAGAACUCCACCUUCCCAGACUUGGUGGGAGUUGGGGGUGGGCGUAUGGCAGAGACCUGGCUCCCUUUUCUCUCUGGCUGCCAAAAUAAUUUAGAUUCCAUCUCCACUCCUCCCCUCGCCAUCCCCCACCUCCCCAGGCAGUUUGGUUGGCUGGGUUGAUCCAGUGUUACUAUAUGUAUAGGUGGCCAAGACCGCAGGGAGUUGUGCCCUGCCUCCCCCUUUCCCACUUGAGAAAUAAGGAAAGUUAUGACGCUUCUUCCCCCCCCCUUCUUUUUCGGGAGCCUGAAUUCACCAUCAUGCACUCAUUACGCCUAUCUCUCGAGGUAGGUGGGGGAAAACCUCUUGCAAACUGCUUGUUGCUUUUCUGGAUGCUGGGCGUGAUCAAUUUCAGGCAGGGCUAUCUCUAACCCCCUCCAGGCAGUCGGCCGGCUGAUCUUCUCUAUCGCACAAGGGACUCCAUUUCAGUAGCAAGUAGGAAGAGAACAUACA